AUGACGCUAGGCCCGGUGGUUACGGGCACGUCAGUCAUUGCCCUCAAGUACAAACAUGGCAUUCUGAUCGCGGCUGACAAGAAGGCGAGUUACGGGAGCUACGCCAAGUUCCAGAACGUGGAGCGCAUUUUCAAGAUCAACAACAAGACGGUGAUGAGUUUCAGCGGAGAGCUGGCAGACGCGCAGUACCUGCACGAGGCGCUCACCCGGGUUAACGUAAACAACGUGAUGGACAAGAAGAGCAAGUACGACGUGCACAACACCAAGUAUUAUCAUUCUUAUGUGGGUAGGCUCUUUUAUAACCGGAAGAAUAAGAUCGACCCUCUUUUCAAUACAAUCAUCGUUGCGGGGGUGAACUCACAAGAUUACGAUGACAACGACAAGGACGUGUUACUCUAUUCUGACAAACACACGACUGAUGAGUAUAAGAUAAUAAAUAAGGAAGACCUAUACAUUGGCUUCGUUGAUAUGCAUGGAACUCAGUUUUCCGCAGAUUAUAUGACCACCGGGUAUGCUCGUUACUUCGCUUUAACGCUCCUUCGUGAUCAUUAUAAGGAUUACAUGACCGAGGAAGAAGCAAAAACCCUGUUGAAUGAGUGCCUACGAGUACUUUACUACCGGGACGCCACAGCAUCGAACAAAAUACAAAUUGUUAAAAUUACUAGUAAGGGGGUGGAGUACGAGGAGCCCUACUUCCUCUCCUGCGAUAUGAAUUCCCGCGAUUAUGUUUAUCCUUCGAUUAUGCUCCCGUCCACUGGAUGCAUGUGGUAA